GUAGUUUUCCACUUAAUUGGGCCCUCCUGACUAAAUUAAGCCAUUAACACGCAGCCUGCUACUUCUUGUUUACCUGUGUCAGUGCAGUGUUUCCAAACUCUUGACAACGUUUAAACCAUGUCAGACAAAACGGAGGUUAAUCUCACUGGAGUCAAACAAAGUAAAGGCGUGUGGCUUGUAAAGGUUCCCAAGUAUUUAUCUCAGCAGUGGGACAAGGCCACAGAGAAUGGAGAAGUCGGAAAGAUUACUAUUGGAAAGACGCAAGGCAAAACAGAGGUUCGUUUCAGCCUGAAUGAGGAGCUGACUGCCCUGGGUGCUGUCGGGGAGAAGGAUGCAUCACUGCAGGUCCCAAGGGAUCAUCCCUUCACUAUGCACACAGUGGGUGGACAGACCAUGGCUGUCUUCAGCCAGAGCGACACAGGAGAAAUCAGUCUGGAGGGGAUGGUGGUGCACAGAGCUGAAUGCAGACCGGUCGUCAAUGACAACUACAUGAAGCUGAAGAAGCUGCAGAUUAAAGAGUCCACAAAGCCUCAGCGUUUGUCACAGCAGCUGGAGAGAGCCAUCACUACCGUCUUCAAGCCUGUAGCCAACCACGAUUUCAAUGUAGAGUAUGAGAAGAAGAAGAAGUCGGACGGGAAGAUGGUGAGGGCUGAGCGACAGGUCGUGUUGGACAUGCUCUUCUCUGCCUUUGAGAAGCACCAGUAUUACAACAUUAAGGACCUGGUGGACAUCACCAAACAACCUGUGACCUACCUGAAAGAAAUCAUGAGGGAAAUUGGGACGUACAACAGCAAGGGAGCUCACAAAAGCACCUGGGAGCUGAAGCCAGAGUACCGACACUACCAGCCUGCUGAGGAAGAGGAGGAGAUGCAGACCGCCUAGUUCCAGCGAGUUCCUCCGAGCCUGUUCACCCAUGUUAAUCUCAUCACACGGGAAAGAAUAGACAUACAACUUGAGCUCUCAGCUGGUUAAUAUUCGUAAGGUUUUUCAGUGACUUCCUGAAUAUAGAUGUCAAAAAGGAAAUACUGUAUCACAUAUGCAAGAUGGUAAUGUUUUUGAGUUAAGAAUAUUUAAGUUUAAAGUGUGCUAUGCAUUAGCUAGCACUGCACUUUAACAUAAAUAAACAGACAUAUUGUUCAGUGAUUGAUUUCAAGCAAGUUUGAAGUUUUUGGAAGUUGAGGAAUGAAGAAUCAGCAACUGCCUGGAAGUGGAAGGUGGAAAAAACACAAUUAAAAUAUGACCGUCAGUGAUUUGUAGAAUGCAAAAGCAGAUAUUUUCCUUUAAGCUGUUUUUUUUUUUUUUUAACAUAAUCACACGUGAAACUUUUCUUUCCAUCCUGCUACACUGAUGAUGAACUCGAGCAAGAUGGCCUUCUUCAUAUUUUAGAUUUUACUUCUCUGUUGAUGAGCAUCACCAGUUUUCCUUUUGUUCCUUGUAAUAUUAACAAUAACGAUGGCUCCGUUCCAGCAGCUAUUGCAAUGCAUUGCUGUAAUUAAUGUUACUUGUUAAUGUUAGUUUCACUCCAGAUUUUGUCCUUUCGGUCAUGUGUGCGUCGCAGUUUGGGGUCCACUGAUUUAAUAAAUCCAUCACAGCAAACAUAAUGUCUGUUUAUUUUUGUCAUAAGUUGCAUUAUAGUUUUGUGGUAAUGCUUUUCCAACUUCUCCUGCCUAUAAAAAAAAAAAGUAGGAAAAACUAAUUCUGAAGUCUUAAAAUAAAUGGAUGGCAGUAAUGAAACGUAUCUGCAGGUUAAUCAGCUAGAACAUGCAAACACACCACAAUGGUAAGAGUGGUGGAACAGCAGCUGUAGUUGAUAGCUAAAAGAUUAUUUGGGCUUGUUUGUUCAACUAGUACAGGACAAGUAUGAAUAUGUUCUGUACGAUAGCACUCACGUUGUUGUGUAUUCCAAGAAAUAAAGACCUGUGCAUGUGAAUUUCAACAGCAGCAAUGAAUCAGAGAAACAAAGAUUAAAGAGCAAAAUCACUGGAAACUCAUUUCGCCUUUCUAGUAGUGUUACUAUAGCAACUGUGGACAGUAAACUAUUUACAAUAAAUCACACAGAGCAGAAACCGGAUGUUGCUCUGUUUUUAAAAUCUAAAGCAUGCGGAGCGUCUGACCGCACCCUAACCCCUCGCAUCAGUGGGUGUUUUCCAUCAGCUGUCAAAGGGCGAACACCUGAUUAGGGUGAGAGGAUUUAACCUUUACAAUGAACUUAAAUGAAAGGGUUUAGUAGAUGCAUCAGGUCACAUCUGACAUACAUGAGCUACACUCAUACAGCCAGCUGGAUCUGGUUGUCACUGUGGUAUUGUACAGUCGUUACAACUGAAUUGAGUGUAAACUGGUUCAUUUAUACACAAGCCACACUGGAUUAGUUGUUGGUCUGACCAGUUCAUCUCCCCCAUUGGUUGACUUCAUGUUUCCUUGUUUAACAACAAAAUUCUCCAUCUUUGGAGUAUACAGUCACUGUACUGUUAUCCAUCAAAGGAUCCUGCACUGACUCAGGGUUCCAGUUUUGUUUGUUUUGACAGUUGGUUACACACAUUUCUCUAUACUGCGGUCACUGAAAACUCACAGUCAGCACAACAGCAGUUAAUAUGGAUUCAACUGUGGAUCACUUUGCAUUCAUUGUCCACAUCUUUCAGAUUUCAUGUAGUUUUCCACACAAACUCAUUUUGCACAUUUCUAACAUUACUGUAAAACAUUGCGCAAUCUGCUACAUCAUCAUACCUGAGAGACAGGAGAGGAAAAGGGGCAAGAGAGGACAAGAGUGGAUCAGAACUGGCGGCCAAAUGCAGAAGACAGGGUUGACUAGAACUGCUGUGUAUCUGUAGCUAUUCUAUACAGGAUUGGAUUGCGUUACUUAAAUUACUUUAGGAAAAUGAAGCAUAUAGCAACAUAAUUCUUUUCUGUAACAUGCUGUAAGGUAGCACAAUCCAUGUAAUAAAGAGGUGCCAUUUUGUCUUGAGAUACUGAAAUUACAGUAAGAGUUUUGAAAAACUUCAAUAUAGAGAAAUGUGUGUUUAAAAAAAACAAACACUUGAUUGUCACUCAGGACAAAGGCUCUGGAACGUGUCAAGAUUACAAAUGAGCAGGAUUCAGUUUUCACAAAAAUCUGCAACCGCACCUUUUAAGAAAGCUGGUUUCCCACACAUACAAGUAAUUUCACUUGCUGGAUCUGUGGUAUCAUUUGACCCACCAACAAUUUUACUUUUAAUCAUUACUUGAUGCUUUGGCAAUAUUGUCACUCAUGCCAAUAAAGCAAAUUGAGUUGACUCCACAAAUUCAAAGUGAACCCAAAAGCUGCAUGUUUGAAUGUAGCCAUAGAAAAUCCCAAAAGUAAAGGCUUCCUCAACAUCCAACAAACGUACAGCAAAACGUACAAGUGGUGGUACUAGAUUUUAUUUUCAAAUUAAACCAGAAGUCUUCAUUGUAGAUGGAAUCUUAUUUAAUGCAACCAUAAAACACUGAGGUCUGAGGA